GCUGGUCCUGAUGACUUUAUACCUAAGGAGGUGCUUGGUAAAUAAAAAUUUACACCUAACUGUGUUUAAUUUUUUUUCUUUUCUUUCUUUAUCACUUGCAAACAUAUCAUGUAUGGACUUUGUGUUAUAUUUAGUUAGGAUCUAUUUUUGUGUCCUGAUCGCGUCUUUAUAUAUGUUGUGGUCAGUCGGAGCUCUGCUUUUAGGCUUGGCUAUAUCUAUACACGAGCCUGUAAACAGAGAGCGUUUUCACAGGCUAAAUGUGUCUUGUGGUGUGGUAAUAAUCAAACGUCUCUGUUGACAGUUGAUAUCGUCAGGAUAAUUACAAGAGUCCGGAAUAAUGGCCUAAAGGCCUUGUCUACAGCUCUCCCUCUCCCUCUGUCUUUCCCCUCCCCUUUUCUCUCCCCCGCCCCCUCGUCUUUGUUCUGGCCUUUUCGCCCCAACUCUCAUUUUUUUGUGCUUUGUUGCGGACACCUGUGCCACAGGCGCUUUGAGGUGGGGAGCAAUAAAGUUAUGAACGGGGAUGUUCUGCCGCAACUAAUCCCCGUCUUCCUUUCCUAACCUGCAAUAAGCCAUUUGCACGAUGACGUCAUUUUACUACUACCACCUGAAUCCUUUAGGGUUUUGCUUUCUUGUGCAAAUUAACGCUUUUGUUAUUUAAACCUCUCUGGGAUUACAAAAUUUAAAUAUGAAAGAAAAAACGAAAAGGAUUCUGGUCGUAGUAGUAAAAUGACGUCAUUGUGAAAAUGGCCUAUUAGAAUUUCAGUUAGUUUUUAGAGCUUCGUCUCAAAAUACUUAAACGGAUCGGCCGUCUGGUGUGUCUUUUGGAGGAACAGUUAUCGUUUCUUACCCUUUUUUACCUCGAACGGUGCUGUAAGCCUUACUCCAUUACAUAUCCCUAAAAUGAGUUUUGCUUGGCUGUAAUUCCACCGGCCAGUUCUUCAUAACCAGUUGGCGAGCGUUGAACAACUUUGGAAGAUGUUUGCUUUUAUUUCAUGAUUGACGUCAAUAUUGACGUCGCGCGAAGACAGCGGCGCGGUGGAUCAGCUGUUUUGGUAGUGCAGAGCUGGAGAAAAUGGCAGAGGAUUUCACACGUUAUUCGAAAACGAAAUAGCGGAAGGAAGGCUUCAAAAACGUCACAGUAAUAAACAAAUUCCACCCGAGGAAUGUCAAAUAAUAUCUUCACGCAAAAAUAUCCGUUCAUAUCCUGAAAUCGCUGAGGAAGAGGCAAUUUGGAGACAG